AUGGUUGGUUAUGAUGAAACUACAGUUGCAAAAACUAGCAAUACUGCUAAGGCAGUCGGAUAUGACAUUAAUCAUUCCUAUCACCUCAAUACCUCUAAUUCACCUGGUAUGACUCUAGUCAACAAUGUAUUUGAUGGAAGAGCCAAGAAGAAGUUUGGGUUCAUCAAUGGAGCUUGCAAAUCUCUUGAUCUCAACUCUGCUGAAUACGAGCAAUGGAGUUGUGUCAACGACAUGGUUUUAUCUUGGAUUCUAAAUGCAUUGUCAAAAGACAUUGCUGACAGUGUCAUAUACUCAAAGAUAGCUAAGGAACUCUGGGUCAGCUUGGAGCAGAGAUUUGGCAAAUCAAAUGGUGCUAAACUUUACCACCUGCAAAAAGAGUUAUCAGGUUUAGUACAAAGUAACAGUAACAUUGUUGGAUACUUCACUAAACUUAAGCAAUUGUGGGAUAAAUUAGAUGCAUUAAAUGUAAUCAUAUCUUGUUCAUGUGUCUUUGUGUGUGAGGGAAAAGCAAAGUUAACUAAGUCUUUGAAUGAUCAAAGAUUGAUUCAAUUUUUGAUGGGGUUGAAUGAUAUGAUGAAAAUCAAAGGGAAAUAUAUGCAAAUGCAUACUUCAUCUCUUUAUUCUGAACCUUUCAUAGUUGCUGGACAAGGAAAACAACCAAAUUCACAAAUUUUAGCUGACUUUGCAGCUUUCAUGGCAUCAUGA